CCAUUUUGGAUUUUUGUAUCUUCCCUCAGUCAACUCUUCCUUCAUCUGUAUUCACUUCAUCCCUACCAACCAACCCUAUUCUGCAACUUCAUUAAUUCAAUUUCUUCUACUUCCUUAGCUUCUUCUGCUCUAAAUCCGCUUCGAUUUUCACCAUUCCUGUUGAAAUUCGAGGUUUAUUUUCUACACAUUUUAUUACAUCUCCAGCUAAAUGUAUGAACUGAAUUCUUCUGCAAAAGAUACAUAGAUCAAAUCCCCUUUCCAAAAUUUCCCCCAAUUUCUAGGGUUUGUUCAUCAGAAUGGCUCAUUUUUCACACUCAGAUUCGACUUCAGGAAGCUCCCAUGGCCAGGGCAUGCAAUUUCUCCCAUUCCAAACAGCCUCAGGAUCCCUCAAGGUCGUGUUAUUACACGGAAAUGUCGAUGUUCUUGUUAAGGAAGCAAAGAAUCUUCCCAACAUGGAUUUGUUCCACAAGAAUUUAGGCGACAUGUUCGGCAGACUGUCCGGAAAAUUCAUCAGCAAAGUCGAAGGAUCGGUGCCGGCGAAGAUCACCAGCGAUCCGUACGUCGUGAUCGCCGUCUCCAACGCCGUCAUCGGCCGGACUUUCGUCAUCAGCAACUCCGAAAAUCCGGUGUGGCAGCAGCGCUUCCGCGUCCCAGUGGCGCACCGCGCCGCCGAAGUCCAAUUCGUCGUCAAAGAAAGCGACGUGUUAGGCUCGCAGAUCAUCGGCGCCGUCGGAAUUCCCGCCGACCGCCUCUUGUCCGGCGACCGGGUCGAGGGGACUUUUCCGAUCCUCGGCGCCAACGGGAAGCCAUGCAAUCCCGGGGCGACGUUGAGUUUAUCGAUCCAAUACGUCCCGACGGAGAAAUCGCCGCUCUACCGUGGCGUCGGCGGCGAUCUCUCGUAUUCGGGUGUCCCGGGGACGUAUUUCCCGAUACGGCGCGGAGGAACGGUUACGUUGUACCAAGACGCUCACGUGCACGACGGGGCGCUCCCGAGCGUGUUGCUUGCCGACGGCCGGCCUUAUCGACCGCGACAUUGUUGGCGAGAUAUUUAUGAUGCGAUAAGUGAGGCUCGACGUUUUGUUUACAUUACGGGUUGGUCGGUUUACCAUAUGGUUCGUCUUGUAAGGGAUGAUCCGAAUGCGUCGAAUAGUACCCUCGGCGAGCUCUUGAAGGUUAAGUCGCAAGAAGGCGUUCGAGUCCUUCUCCUCGUGUGGGACGACCCGACCUCCACGAGUAUUUUGGGGUACAAAACCGACGGCGUAAUGAACACGAACGAUGAAGAAACUCGGCGCUACUUCAAGCAUUCGUCGGUGAAUGUGUUGCUAUGUCCACGGUCCGCCGGGAAAGGCAGCUGGGUGAAAAAACAGGAGACGGGAACGAUCUACACUCAUCAUCAGAAAAGCGUGAUAGUCGACGCCGAUGCCGGAAACUACAGGAGAAAGAUCGUUGCGUUUGUCGGGGGACUCGAUCUAUGCAGGGGAAGAUACGACACGCCGAAACACCCGAUCUUUAGCACAUUACAAACCGUUCACAAAGACGAUUUUCACAAUCCGAAUUUCACGGGGCCGACGGUUGGUUGUCCACGAGAGCCAUGGCAUGACCUACAUUGUAAAAUCGACGGCCCAGCUGCCUAUGAUGUCUUGAAGAACUUCGAAGAGCGUUGGCAUAAGGCUUCGAAGCGCCACGGUCUUCAGAAAAUGAAAUCAUCACACGACGACUCCUUACUCAAGCUCGAUAGAAUUCCUGACGUGUUGAGGAUCGACGAGGCUGCCGGACAAAGCCAAGCCGAUCCCGAGAGCUGGCACAUACAGGUUUUUCGUUCUAUCGACUCAAACUCGGUUAAAGGCUUCCCGAAGGAUCCGAAGGAGGCUCCGGGCAGGAACUUGGUGUGCGGGAAAAAUAUAUUGAUCGACAUGAGCAUACACACGGCUUACGUGAAGGCGAUUCGUUCGGCGCAACAUUUCAUAUACAUCGAGAAUCAGUACUUCCUUGGUUCGUCGUUCAAUUGGUCGAACUAUCGAGACUUGGGCGCAAACAAUUUGAUUCCUAUGGAAAUCGCGCUCAAAAUUGCGAACAAAAUUCGAGCGAGGGAGAGGUUUUCCGUGUACAUAGUUGUCCCGAUGUGGCCGGAGGGAGUUCCGACGAGCACUCCUACACAAAGAAUUCUCUUUUGGCAGUAUAACACGAUGCAAAUGAUGUACGAAACGAUCUACAACGCUUUGGUCGAGAUGGGGCUCGAGCGCGACUACGAGCCGCAAGAUUACUUAAAUUUCUUUUGCCUCGGGAAUCGUGAGGUCGCCGCCGGUGAAAGCAUCCCCGACGUCAAAGGAGCUUCCGGAAACACUCCUCAGGUGCUAACUCGGAAGAACCAACGCUUCAUGAUCUACGUACACUCGAAGGGAAUGAUCGUGGACGACGAGUACGUGAUACUAGGAUCCGCGAACAUCAACCAACGCUCGAUGGAAGGAACCCGGGACACCGAAAUCGCCAUGGGCGCUUAUCAACCGAACUACACGUGGGCGAACAAGCAUUCAAAUCCACGCGGAGAGAUCUUUGGAUACAGAAUGUCACUAUGGGCGGAGCACACGGGUACUUUAGAGCAAUGCUUCGAGCAUCCGGAAAGCCUCGAAUGCGCGAGACGAGUGAGGUGGAUGGGCGAGCACAAUUGGCAAAAGUUCGCAGGGAGUGAAGUAUGCAACUUGCCGGGACACUUGCUUAAGUAUCCGGUGGCGGUCGAUAGGGCCGGGAAGGUGUCGCCGUUGCCCGGCUACGAGACGUUUCCCGACAUGGGCGGGAAAAUCAUAGGGACAUUUUCGGGAAUUCAAGAAAAUCUCACGAUAUGAUUGAAAAAAAAGUAUAGCUUUUGCAGGCUAUAUUAGGUUCGGCUGGGGUUUUCUCAGUGCACACUUUCGCAGCAGCGGCGGUUCCCACCUCAUUUCAAAAAAAAAAAAGGUAUAGUUUUUGCAUUUUCCUUUCUACGUACUUAAAAUUUAUUGCAGUCGCUAAUUUAAAAAAAAAAAAUUAUUGAAGGUUUACUGUCUGAAUUUUUAGGACUCAUUUGUUUGGUUUGUAUUUUUGUAUAUGUUUUUUGUGCUUGAUAUUUUAUAAGAGGGAAUAACCUAUUUAUUU